AUGUUUAUUAAGAAUGUGAGGCUAAGCUCCAGCCACUAUCCAGGGCUACCAACAGCUCCAGAGACAAACCAGGGCUACCCACAGAUCCAGAAACAAACCAGGGCUACCAACACCUCCAGAAACAAACCAGGGCUACCAACAGCUCCAGAAACAAACCAGGGCUACCAACAGCUCCAGCCACUAUCCAGGGCUACAACAGAUCCAGUAACAAACCAGGGCUACCAACGAUCCAGUAACAAAACCAGGGCUACCAACAGCUCAGAGACAAACCAGGGCUACCAACAGAUCCAGUCCAGAAAUAACCAGGGCUACCAACAGUCCAGAGACAAACCAGGGCUACCAACAGAUCCAGUAACAACCGGGGCUACCAACGGAUCCAGUAACAAACAGGGCUACCAACAGCUCCAGAGACAAACCAGGGCUACCAACGGAUCCAGUAACAAACCAGGGCUACCAACAGCUCCAGAGACAAACCAGGGCUACCAACAGAUCAGUAACAAACCAGGGGCUACCAACGGAUCCAGUAACAAACCAGGGCUACCACAGAUCCAGUCCAGAAAUAACCAGGGCUACCAACAGCUCCAGAGACAAACCAGGGCUACCAACAGGUCCAGAAAUAACCAGGGCUACCAACAGGCCCAGAAACAACCAGGACUACCAACAGGUCCAGAAAUAACUAGGGCUACCAACAGGUCCAGAAAUGACCAGGGCUACCAACAGGUCCAGAAACCAGGGCUACCAACAGGUCCAGAAAUAACCAGGGCUACCAACAGGCCCAGAAAUAACCAGGACUACCAACAGGUCCAGAAAUAA